GCUGAGGCCAUGCCGCGCCCCGGCUGCCCCUCCGGCGCCCGCCUGCGCCUGCUUCUGCUCCUGCCGCCGCUGCUGCUGCUCCCGGGCAGCUACGCGGGCAACCUGACGGUGGCCGUGGUGCUGCCUCUGGCCAACACCUCGUACCCGUGGUCGUGGGCGCGCGUGGGACCGGCGGUGGAGCUGGCCCUGGCCCGGGUGAAGGCGCGGCCGGACCUGCUGCCGGGCUGGACAGUCCGCACGGUGCUGGGCAGCAGCGAGAGCGCGCUGGGCGUCUGCUCCGACACCGCCGCGCCCCUGGCCGCCGUGGACCUCAAGUGGGAGCACAACCCCGCGGUGUUCCUGGGCCCCGGCUGCGUGUACGCCGCCGCCCCCGUGGGCCGCUUCACUGCGCACUGGCGGGUGCCGCUGCUGACCGCCGGCGCCCCGGCGGUGGGGUUCGGGGCCAAGGACGAGUACGCGCUGACCACCCGCGCCGGGCCCAGCCAUGCCAAGCUGGGCGACUUCGUGGCGGCUCUGCACCGACGGCUGGGCUGGGAGCGCCAGGCGCUAGUGCUCUACGCCUACCAGCCCCGCGACGACCAGCCCUGCUUCUUCGUGGUGGAGGGGCUGUACAUGCAGGUCCGCGACCGCCUCAACAUCACGGUGGACCACCUGGAGUUCGCCGAGGGCGACCGCGACCACUACACCAUGCUGCUGCGCACCGUGCGACGCAAAGGCCGAGUUAUCUACAUCUGCAGCUCCCCAGAUACCUUCAGAACCCUGAUGCUUCUGGCCCUGGAAGCUGGCCUGAGUGGGGAGGACUAUGUUUUCUUCCACCUGGACCUCUUUGGGCAAAGCCUGCAAGGAGCACAUGGCCUUGCUCCCCACAGGCCCUGGGAGAGAGGGGAUGGGCAGGAUGUCAGUGCCCACCAGGCCUUUCAGGCUGCCAAAAUCAUUACAUAUAAAGAGCCGGAUAAUCCUGAGUACUUGGAAUUCCUACAGAAGCUAAAACACUUGGCCAAUGAGCAGUUCAACUUCACCAUGGAGGAUGGCCUGGUGAACACCAUCCCAGCAUCCUUCCACGAUGGGCUCCUGCUCUAUGUCCAGGCAGUGUCGGAGACUCUAGCACAUGGGGGAACUGUCACCGAUGGGGAGGGCAUCACUCAGCGGAUGUGGAACCGAAGCUUCCAAGGUGUGACAGGAUACCUGAAAAUGGACAGCAAUGGAGAUCGGGAGACCGACUUCUCCCUCUGGGAUAUGGAUCCUGACACUGGCACCUUCAGGGUUGUUCUGAACUUCAACGGAACCUCCCAAGAGCUGGUGACCGUGUCAGGGCGCAAAUUGAACUGGCCUCUGGGGUAUCCACCUCCUGAUGUCCCCAAAUGUGGUUUUGACAAUGAGGACCCAGCCUGCAACCAAGACCACUUUUCCACCCUGGAGGUGCUGGCUUUGGUGGGCAGCCUCUCCCUGCUCAGCAUUCUGAUCGUCUCCUUCUUCAUAUACAGAAAGAUGCAGCUGGAGAAGGAACUGGCCUCAGAGCUGUGGCGGGUGCGUUGGGAGGACCUGCAACCCAGUAGCCUAGAGAGGCACCUCCGGAGUGCAGGCAGCCGGCUGACCCUGAGCGGGAGAGGCUCCAAUUACGGCUCCCUGCUGACCACAGAGGGCCAGUUCCAAAUCUUUGCCAAGACAGCAUAUUAUAAGGGCAACCUCGUGGCUGUGAAACGUGUGAACUGUAAACGCAUUGAGCUGACGCGGGAAGUCCUGUUUGAGCUGAAGCAUAUGCGGGAUGUGCAGAACGAACACCUGACCAGGUUUGUGGGGGCCUGCACUGACCCCCCCAACAUCUGUAUCCUCACAGAGUACUGUCCCCGUGGGAGCUUGCAGGACAUCCUGGAGAACGAGAGCAUCACCCUGGACUGGAUGUUCCGGUACUCGCUCACCCAUGACAUCGUCAAGGGUAUGCUGUUCCUGCACAAUGGGGCCAUUUGUUCCCAUGGGAACCUCAAGUCAUCCAACUGUGUGGUAGACGGGCGCUUCGUGCUCAAGAUCACUGACUACGGGCUGGAGAGCUUCAGGGACCCAGAGCCCGAGCAAGGACACACCCUCUAUGCCAAAAAGUUGUGGACAGCCCCUGAGCUCCUGCGAGUGGCCUCACCCCCUGCCCGGGGCUCCCAGGCUGGUGACGUGUACAGCUUUGGGAUCAUCCUUCAGGAGAUUGCCCUGAGGAGUGGUGUCUUCCAUGUGGAAGGUUUGGACCUCAGUCCCAAAGAGAUCAUCGAGCGUGUGACUCGGGGCGAGCAGCCCCCCUUCCGGCCCUCCCUAGCUCUGCAGAGUCACCUGGAGGAACUGGGGCAGCUGAUGCAGCGCUGCUGGGCCGAGGACCCGCAGGAGCGGCCACCCUUCCAACAGAUCCGCCUGAUGCUGCGCAAAUUUAACAGAGAGAACAGCAGCAACAUCCUGGAUAACCUGCUGUCACGCAUGGAACAGUACGCCAACAACCUGGAAGAGCUGGUGGAGGAGCGGACCCAGGCCUACCUGGAGGAGAAGCGCAAGGCGGAGGCCCUGCUCUACCAGAUUCUGCCUCACUCAGUGGCUGAGCAGCUGAAGCGUGGGGAGACGGUCCAGGCCGAAGCCUUUGACAGCGUCACCAUCUACUUCAGCGACAUUGUGGGUUUCACAGCCCUGUCGGCGGAGAGCACGCCCAUGCAGGUGGUGACCCUGCUCAACGACCUGUACACUUGCUUUGAUGCUGUCAUAGACAACUUUGAUGUCUACAAGGUGGAGACCAUUGGUGACGCCUACAUGGUGGUGUCCGGGCUCCCAGUGCGGAACGGGAGGCUGCACGCCCGCGAGGUGGCCCGCAUGGCCCUGGCGCUGCUGGACGCGGUGCGCUCCUUCCGCAUCCGCCACCGGCCCCAGGAGCAGCUGCGCUUGCGCAUCGGCAUCCACACAGGACCCGUGUGUGCAGGUGUGGUAGGGCUGAAGAUGCCCCGUUACUGUCUUUUUGGUGACACAGUCAAUACGGCCUCAAGAAUGGAGUCUAACGGAGAAGCCCUGAAGAUCCACUUGUCUUCUGAGACCAAGGCUGUCCUGGAGGAGUUUGGUGGUUUCGAGCUGGAGCUUCGAGGGGAUGUAGAAAUGAAGGGCAAAGGCAAAGUUCGGACCUACUGGCUACUGGGGGAGCGGGCAAGUAGCACCCGAGGCUGA